AUGUCCGCCGCCACACCGUCCAUGAACGGUUACACACCACCGAAGCCUGUCAAUCCGCUCAUUCCCACGCCUAUACAACAUUCCAUUGCUCAUCCACAACCACAGCCUGGGACCACCGCCAAAAAGUGUGAAAUCUACAGGUUUAAUUCAACAAAGCCGGUCUAUGCCUCGGCGUGGUCAUGUAAAAAGGAGGCUCGAUUUCGGCUGGCUGUGGGCAGCACGGUGGAGCGGGAGCAGCAAAAUAGGGUAUCAAUCGUCCAACUCAAUGAAGAACUGGGAGAGCUUGUAGAGCGAGGCAAUUUCAAUCACGAAUUCCCGGCAAAUAAUAUUGCAUUUAUACCAGAUCCGUCAGACAACUAUCCGGAUUUAUUAGCAACCAGCUCGGAUGCGUUGCGGAUUUGGAAGAUUUCUUCAGAAAAUAUGGUUACGGAAGAGGGAUGCUUCUCAAGCACAGGAAAGGGCGGUACAGCAUUUCCGUUAACAAAUUUUGACUGGAAUGAGGUAGACCCAUCAUUGAUUGGAACGUGCAGUAUAGAUACUUCAUGUACGAUUUGGCAGAUUGAGACACGACAAGUAGUCGGGCAAGUCGGUGGCCCAUCCGUCACGGGGACCGUUCGGACACAAUUGAUUGCCCAUGAUAAGCCGGUUCAUGACAUCGCCUUCAGCAAAAUGAACAACGGACGCGACAUUUUUGCGACAGUCGGCGCUGACGGUUCUGCACGAAUGUUCGAUCUUCGCAACCUCGAGCAUUCCACGAUCAUCUAUGAAGACCAAGAACGAAAUCAGCUGAUGCGCCUCGCCUGGAACAAGCAGAACCAACAACAUUUGGCGCUUUUCGCAAAGGAUUCGACCGAGGUGCUAAUCCUGGAUAUGCGUGUUCCAUGUCAACCAAUGGCUCGUCUUCGCAAUCACCAAGGAGCUGUCAACGGCGUCGCUUGGGCACCGCAUUCCGGGCAACAUAUCUGCACGGCCGGCGACGACAAUCAGGCGUUGAUUUGGGAUGUCAGUGCACUGCCGAGAGUCGUUGAAGACCCUAUUCUAGCGUAUCAAGCUGGCGGAGAGGUCAGCCAAGUACACUGGGGCUCCGUCCACAACAACUGGAUCUGCAUCUGCUUCAACAAAACCCUGGAAAUCCUAAGGGUU